GACUGUUGAGUAGAGAAGAAAGAGAGGAAGAAAGAAUGAAGACACUUCGGACCUCUAAAGGCCGGGGAGACAGCAGUUACCUGAGCAUCACCAACCCUGAAGGUGCCACUACGCCAUCCUGAAGUUUCCCAGCAGAAAAUGGCUCCAAAGGGUCAAUGAAGCUGGGAACACAUAGAUGCAGCAUUACACGCAGCCUCUCCAGAUGUUUGACGACCCUGUUUCAGAGAGAAAUUGAUCCCCUCGGACUAGGUAAUCAGUCAUAAUGAAGAAAAUUAGUCUGAAAACCUUCCGGAAAUCUUUCAACUUGAAUAAAAGCAAAGAAGAAGCGGAGUUCAUGGUAGUGCAGCCACCCUCGCUAGCCGGCGGUUUCGACAAAGACGGUUCCUUGUUUGGUAGCUGCUACGGGAAGGACAUGGCCGCCUGCGACAUCAACGGCGACGACGAGAAGGGGGGGAAAACGAGAUCAAAGAGCGAGAGCCUGAUGGGCACCUUGAAAAGACGGCUGUCGGCGAAGCAGAAGGCGAAGGGCAAGGGCGGCGCGCCGCCGGGGCGCGCGGCCGACGAGGACACCUUCUCCUCGGCGUCGGCGCCGCUCGUUGCUACGGGAAGGACAUGGCCGCCUGCGACAUCAACGAACCUGAACUUCGACCCCAGCUCGGCGCCCGGGGUCGCGCGCGUGUACGACGCGGUGCAGGGCAGCGGGCCGCUGGCCGUGACCAGCCUCACCGAGGAGCUGAAGAAGCUGGCGAAGCAGGGCUGGUACUGGGGCCCCAUCACGCGCUGGGAGGCCGAGGGCAAGCUGGCCAGCGUGCCCGACGGCUCGUUCCUCGUGCGCGACAGCUCGGACGACCGCUAUCUGCUGAGCCUGAGCUUCCGCUCCCACGGCAAGACGCUGCACACCAGAAUCGAACAUUCCAACGGGCGCUUCAGCUUCUACGAACAGCCGGACGUGGAGGGCCACACGUCCAUCGUGGACCUCAUCGAGCACUCCAUCCGGGACUCCGAAAACGGAGCCUUCUGCUACUCGCGCUCGCGGCUGCCGGGCUCUGCGACUUACCCCGUCAGACUGACCAACCCCGUGUCGCGGUUCAUGCAGGUGCGCUCCUUGCAGUACCUGUGCCGGUUCGUUAUACGUCAGUACACCAGGAUAGACCUAAUUCAGAAACUGCCUCUGCCAAACAAAAUGAAGGAUUACUUACAGGAGAAGCACUACUGAGAGGAGAAGCCCUGCAUCUUGCACUUUGGGAAUAAGAGAAAGAGAUUGAAAUACAGUUUACACACCGUCAUUGCUAUCGAAAUCUUUUGCUGCCAUACUGUUUCAGUUUUAUGUGUAAAAGAGUGAUCUGUUUCGGGGUGAGGAAGUGUCGACAAGGUGUCUUGGGUUUAUUUUGGUUCUUUAAAAAGGGAAGUCUCGAGGUUUUAGAAGUGUGAAUUCUUUCAUUAAUGUGCAGAAUAAUCACAAUGUGAAUGAUCGGAUUCUCCUUAACCCCCUCCCCCCGUCCUUUGCUGCUAUCCACUGUGAUUUUUAUGCAUUAAAAAGCACAUUUCAUGUGUGUUCAACCCUAAGUAAAGUUGAAUGGAACUUAUAGAAUGCAAAUUGUUUUGUCUCUUUAAACGGCCCAUUUUUUUUUUUCUCAAAGAUACUGUUGAGUGAACAUACAGACCCCUGUGAUUAAAACACAGAAUUUUACACGUACACUGAAAAUGAUUGUCUAAUCUCAUACUUUAGAAGGAUUUACUUAGGAUUAUGCAUUGACAUAAUCUUGGGUAAUGGAACCCAGAUCUGCAACAUAUCUUUUAUAACACUCAUUUCUAAAUUAUUUUUAAGGUUUUGCUGUUUGGGCUCCCCCUCCCCCCCCACCUUUGGUUGUGAAAAGUUGAACUUUUCUGUUGCCUUCGUCUUCAUCUUGUGGUUUGUCUAUUUUAAUGAAUGGCCUUACAUUAAAAAUCGUGAAGAGAUGUAUACCACCAAUUUAGAAAGUGUUGCCUUUUCUGUCAUUAAGCUCUGGUACAAAUUGGCAUAACUUAUAAAGACCUAUGGCACUAGAACUAUUAUUAAAGAAAUUCUAGAUCAUAGUUUCCUGUGAUAGUUUUUUGUUGUUGUUGUUAGCUAUAUUUUCCUUCGAUAAAAUGUUUUAUCUGUGGUUUCUUUAGCUUAGUCAACAUUUUGGGUGAAGACGUAGAACUGAUUUUCAUGAAUGGACUAGAUUCUCUUGGAACAUUAAAGUUUAUAUAAAGUUUUAACUUGAUUUGAAUAGAAAGAAAGCAUUGUUUUAAAAUUGGAUUUAUAUUUUUAUUUUACGUAGUCACUAUUAAGAUGUGCUUGGAUUUGACCAUUCAUCUCACCAAAAAACCCCCAAAACAACAAACCCAGUGACUUUAGUUGAAAAAUUGUGGAAAUUCCAGAAUACCAUAUAAGAAAAAUAUUAAAACCAUAUCAGAUGUAUGGAAGUCUAUUGCCUACCAUAUAUACUACCAUUUAAAAAUAGGUUUCCUAUUUGUUUCUUUUUAAUAUAGGUAAAUCUUAAGUAAAUUGGCAUCAUUAGUCGGUUUAGUCGUUUUUUUUCGGGGCUGGGAGGGGGGAGGGCGAGCGUGUUAUCCAUAAUACUUUUUAGUUAUUUUGAAAUUUAGUUGUUUAUUCACUGCACAGUUGUUCAGUGUAGUAUUUUGGGAUUGCCCAUGCAGAAAAUGUUUCCAGGUAUAUAGUUUUGAAGGAAAAUGUUUCCAUCUCAGAUGAAACAUGUAAUUUAAGACAUUUCUUCCUUUGUCACUCAGUUUUCCUAGCCCCACGUAAGAACAAGAGUAAAAGGUAUUAAUGGCUUUGUCAUUCAGACAUAUCAGUAUCCCUGUUUUUUCCUUCUGUUUGUUUUUCAGGGUAGAACAGAAUUAACCAGAAAAGGCACAAUGCCAUAAUAUCGUGUUAAGGUAUUUUGACUUAAAGGGGAAAAGGUACUUCAUUUUGGUGGAAUGUUGACUGUACCUUGUUACAAAGGCCCCUCCUUCACUUUGUGAUAUGUUUUCACCUAAGAUGGGAUAUUGAGUAUACUGUAAUAAUAUAAUUUAAGUGUUCACUAUAAGCUAUUUGGAUUAAGAACUAUUAGAGAUGUAAACUUAUCAAAUUAAUGCAAGACAUUUAAACUAUUUUUUUGCAAAACUAUUUAUUUUUAAACAAUUUAAAAUAUAUCUAGGGUGAGUUAAAAGUCCCUGUGCAUCUAUAUUAGAUGGCAGGUAUUGUCACAGAGGCACUGUGUAUUAAUAAUAGUUGUCAAAGUGGCUUCUCCGUGUUUCUAGAAGCGUUUACAUGUACUCUUUGUGAGGUCACGGUGCACAGAGGUCUCGGGACUGCCCUGAAGCCCAUCUUGGCAGGUGGGCAUAGCCUGUUCCCCACACUUUCCCUCAUGGUAAUGUGUUUAAGAUCUGGCCAUUUAGUUUCAGGUUAAGAUCAUUCUGAUUUCCAUCUGAACUUUUUAAAAUUGCAUUUCGUGUUUUUAUGGAGGGCAAGUCGUGAUACCGUUCUAAUUUAGAAAGCCAAUUUUUAUGUGCGUUCGUACAUCGUUAGUGUAAAAUACUUUAAAGAGAAAUGCCCUAUUCUAAUCCGGUUUGAAAUUGCUCGGGUCUGAUAGUAUAUCGAUAAAAAUAAAGGUAUUUGCCACGAAGUUAUUUACAAACAAAGGAGUAUUGCAAUAUUUUCUGCUUUUGCUUAGAGAACCAUUUGGCAUAGGCAGCACACCAUAUGUGAGAGAUUGGCUUUGUAGGGUACUAAAACACUCUGCUUAAAAAUGGAAAGGGGGGAAAAGAGACAAAUUUUCGUCCUGUAGUUUGGUCUAGAUACAAUUUGGGUUACUUUCUGGAUUAUAUAUAAUGGCGGCUUAGAUGCCAUGGACACGACCUGUGAACGGUAUUUAACUACGUGCUUUGAAAAAUCUGAGCUCAAGACAAGAAAAAGGAAACAGGAAAGCUCUAUCUUUUCGCCAUAAUAAAUGAACCAGUUUUUUUUUUUUUAUUUUAAUCAAAUAUUUUAUCCCAAAACAUGAUGGAGGCCAGAAGCUAUUUCCAGGCUUACUAGGACACUAUUAUGCAUUUUUAUAAAAAGAAAGCAUAGAAAGUACUUGAAAAAUAUCUCACUCUCUAAGGAAAACUGUUCUUUUUCUACUUGGUGCAAUAAUCUGAAGAUUUAGAAUAUUAUAUCACAGGAAAUGAUCAUAGAACUAAAAAUAGUGUUUAAGGAAACCAGCUACACAGGGCAAGCCUCUUGCUAUUGAAGAAAAUCGUGUGCCAAAAGGCUAACUCAUGGGCAUAUAGGAAAUAACCUACACAUUAUUUCUGAGCCAGUAUUAUUGAAACAGGAUAAAAGUUACUAAAAUCUUAAAUAGGUUAUAUGCAAUGUCUCCGCCAGUGCUACAAGUCUAAAUAUGUUUCUUAGCAGUACUUUCAGAAACACCACUUUUAAUCGUACAUUUCACAUGUACGAGAGAUUUGCUUUAAAACAAACAACUCAAAUAUUAUAUUUUCAAUCUUAAUGGCUUUGAAUGUGAAGUCUUAAUUUGAAAAGGAAAUCACUACCAGCAAUAGACAGUUUUGUUGAAAACUCUAAUUAAAGGAACAAUCGCCAGUUCCAUAAAUAACUAUAAAAUUCUAAAAUAAAGUAUUGGUACGCUAGUAAUCACAAAUUUGGUUUCUUUGAAUACUUUUUUAAUCCUGUAAAGAAGGUUUUUUAUAAACAUCCUUUGUAUUAAUCAGUCACAACAUGGCAAAUGCGUAGUUGCUGUUUCUGAAAAGAUACACUCUCCAUCCAGAGAUGAUGAAAAAUUCUUAUAGAAUUUUGUAAUGAGUAUACAUGUUGGGUUAAAUAAAUUUUAUAGUCGUUGGAGUGCCAUGAAGUUAAUACUUGCAAUCCAGAUUGCUGUAGUUUACACUUUUUCUGUAUGUUUCAAAUCAGGUGUGUACCAUUUGUACUGAGAACACCACAGAGUGAAUUAUCCAAAGUCCAUUGAUUUUAAUACGUGUUUUGGUUUGUAAACAAAUUAUAGUAAUUUCUUGCACAUUUUUGGAAGUUAAUUGUAUAAGGAUUUAUGUAUCUGCUUCUAGAUACAGUGUGUAAAUAAAAAUUUUGUUCACAAGA